AUGACUCUGCGGGGUACAGGAUCAGAGUUCUUUGACAGGAAAAGAACUGCAGGGAACAUGGAUUAUGAACAGAUCAGAGAAAGGAACGAAGACAUUCUACUCUCUCAACCCAUCAGACUCCAGAGGAAGGACCCUGUGCAAUUCUGGGCACUACAGUGCAACAAGGACAUCGCUAAGCUGGACACCGUCCAGAGCAGGGCAGCCAGCCAGGAGAAGGACCCCAAUCCAUCACAGCCCUGGGGGAGCCCAGCCUUGGAGGCAGGAGAGGUGACUGGGAGUUACCCCUACCUCCAGGGAUGGACCCCACCUGCAACCCCUUCACCAACAGCUCUCAGCCAUGCCCUCCUGUCAUGCCUGACAGGUUUCCAGAACAAGCAGACCUUAGGGGCCAAAGGGCACCUGCAGGCAGAAAGAGUUUUGGUACGACUCUCAAUCACAGUGGUUGUUUUUGGCGGUGGGACCCAACUGACCGUCAUCGGUCAACCCGCAGUAGCCCCCACCGUUAAUGCCUUUGCUCCAUCCCAAGAAGAGCUAGCCACCAAGAAGGCCACCCUCGUGUGUCUGCUGAGUGGCUUCUACCCAAGAACAGUGGAGGUGGCAUGGACCAAGGAUGGCUCCCCCGUGUCCCAGGGUGUGGAGACCUCCCAGCCGUCCCGCCAGAGUGACAGCAAGUACUCAGCCAGCAGUUACCUCUCACUCUCUGCUGACCAGUGGCUGUCAGCCGACACCUUCACCUGCAAGGUUACCCACGAUGGCAAGGUCAUCCAGAAGGAGCUCUCCCCGGAGCCGUGUUGGGUGUUCGGCAGACAGACCAAGGUGACCGUCCUUGUGGCUGUCAGCCACACCUUCACCUGCAAGGUCACGCAGGAUGGCAAGGUCAUCCAGAAGGAGAUCUCCUCAAGCCAGAGCACCUAG